GAGCAUCAUCAGCUUAGCAAUGAAAGGAAUUAAUUGAAAGUUCUCGCGCUUUUUGAGGACAUUUAUAUACUUUGUUAUUCAUCUCUAGUUUUGGUCAGAAGAACUGAACCACAUCCCUGACUUCUACACAACCGCAAUCAUGCCCGUCACGAAGUUCAGCACCCCAGAGAAAUACAAAUACCAGAACGGCUUUGGCUCUUACCAUGAGUCAGAAGCCAUCGUCGGUGCCCUCCCCAUAGGAACAAACUCUCCCCAAAAACCUCCCUACGGUCUCUACGCCGAGAAGCUUUCCGGAACAGCAUUCACAGCACCCCGCCACGAGAACCAGCAAACAUGGCUGUACCGAAUCCUCCCCUCAGCCGCGCACUCUCCUUUCAAUGCCCGCGAAGCAUCGACAUACAAUACGAAUCCUGAGGGAGACAAGCUACAUCAGAUCCCAAACCAGCUGCGGUGGGAUCCAUUCGACCUAGAUGAGACCGUGGAUUGGGUACAUAGCUUGAAGUUGGUUGCUGGAGCGGGAGAUCCUACAAUGAAGACUGGAUUGGGAAUAUUCAUAUUCGCGGCUGGGAAGAGCAUGGAUAAGACUUCCGCGUUCUACUCUGCGGAUGGAGAUUUCUUGAUUGUGCUUCAGCAUGGAGUUUUGGAUAUUCAGACCGAACUGGGCAGGAUCCUCGUUCGUCCUAAUGAGAUCUGUGUCAUCCCAAGAGGAAUCAGAUAUCGAGUUGAGCUACCCGAAGGACCAGUACGAGGAUACAUCUUGGAGUUGUAUCAAGGGCAUUUCCAACUCCCAGAACUUGGACCUAUUGGAUCGAACUGUCUAGCCAAUGCUCGAGAUUUCCAAGCCCCAGUCGCAGCCUACGAAGAAGGUACCACAGAAACAUACACCGUUCUCUCCAAAUUCAACGGACACCUCUUCGCCGCAAAGCAAAACCACACUCCCUACAACGUCGUAGCCUGGCACGGUCUAUACUACCCAUACAAGUACGACCUCGGCCGCUUCAACACCAUCGGCAGCAUCUCCUUCGACCACCCCGACCCCAGCAUCUUCACCGUCCUCUCCGCCCCUUCAGACCACAUCGGCACCGCCGUCGCCGACUUCGUGAUCUUCCCUCCACGCUGGCUCGUCGGCGAAGACACCUUCCGCCCGCCCUGGUACCAUCGCAACACCAUGUCCGAGUUCAUGGGCCUCAUCGGCGGCGAGUACGAUGCUAAGACGGGAGGCGGCUUCCAGCCUGCGGGCGCGAGUCUGCAUAAUGUCAUGAGUGCGCAUGGGCCUGAUGCGGGGACGCACGAGAAGGCUUCGGGUGCGGAUCUGAAGCCUGUGAAGGUUGGGGAGGGGAGUAUGGCGUUUAUGUUUGAGAGUUGCUUUAUGGUGGGGGUGACGGAGUGGGGAUUGAAGACGUGUAGGAAGGUUCAGGGGGAUUAUAAUGAGGAGAGUUGGACGCCGUUGAAGUCGCAUUUUAAGGUGCCGGAGGGGGUGAAGAGGGUGAGUAAUAGAGCGGAUGGGAAUCUGGAGGGGCUUGAUAUUGGGAAUAGUGUUAGAGGGAAAGGAGCAAAUGGGGAGAUGGAUGGGAAACAAUUGCCGCAUUAUACUUGAGCAGGUUGCGAUUUUGCAUGGCUAGCAAAAAUUGAUAAUGUAAAUCAAGAUUUGAAUACUUGAUGAGUUCCUAACGAAAAAAGAUGUGACGGUGAACCAGAAAAAAAAGGUGUGAAAUAAACAAACAGAAAAGCGAGAAAGCAGAAACAGCAGAGCUUCACUGAAAGGUCUGCUGGGUACAGCGCUUCAAAGAAAACGAAAGAAAGAGAAUUGCGAACUCUUCAUCGAAAACCCCAAUCCACAAAAUCAUCAAUCAAUCAAUCAAUCAAUCAAUCAAUCAAUCAAUCAAUCAAUCAAUCAAUCAAUCAAUCAAUCAAUCAAUCAAUCAAUCAAUCAAUCAAUCAAUCAAUCAAUCAAUCAGGAACUCUUUUGUUCGUUCACUCGAACAUCCCCAUCAUCACGAUCACAACAUCUCUAUCUAUCCAUCCAAACAAACAAAAACAACACUCCUCUCUAUUCCCGGAGAUCUCGGAAAGUCUCGCCUACCUACUACAUUUACCUCCCUACCGUUGUCGGUCACUUUUAUCUGCCCCGUGAUGGCGCGAAGCCAGGCCACGCCAGCUGAAGAAACCCUGAACGUGGGCCGCGCGCUAGCCUUAGCCGUACCCCCCCUCCCCCCCCCCCUAUUCCCAGCUUGGAUUGGCUUCCGCAGCGCAGCCGGGGCACCGAUGGCAAGUCGUUGCUAUGGAUACGGUCGCUGGCCGGUCCUGUGGGGCUUGUCUAGGUGUCGGGUUGCAGAAUGGAGAUGGGACCGAGGUCUGCUUGUGAUGCGGAUGAUUGUUCUCGUUGUGAUAAUGAAAUUGAGAUUUUUACAUUGUUUGAGAAAAUGAGGAUGUGAUGGAGAGAGAGGGAGGGAGGGAGGGGGAAUACACUGGUGGUGAAAAAAGAGGUUGGGUGACAUGUGAAGAAAAAGAAAAAAGGAGAGGGAAAAGUAACGGGCUGGACUGGACAGGGCAGCACAAACGCAGCACAAACGCAACGUGCAUAACCUAAUGUCAACAUCCAAUAAUUAUGGUCCACGAGCGAUGGUAUGCAGCUCCGACGGGGGAUAUCCUAUCAUCGGACAGUUAUCAGCCUCGAGGAGAGCUGAAUGGUUCCAAUGGAAAAUCUCCUGCUUCCUCAUACGAGAGGUGAGAAGGCUCGAGAUCGACUAGGUGAGGCUGUUUGCCUGCAGAAUUGAUGAUGCAGAGGUGUAGAGGUGCAUGGUGAUUUGCCUUGUGUGUGGAAGAGGAGAGAGAGGCUGGUAGUGAGGCGGCCAGUAGGAAAGGUUCCUGCCUGGAUUGAGGGUGUAGAGAUGCGGGAAAUAUAUUGAGAGGUUUCUUCGACCUGCACACCAUGAUAUGUUUCGAGCUGGUUGUCCAGCUGUUGUGUUCAUGAAGCUCCCUCGGAGAGAUUUGAGUUGCCGAGUUAGAGGAAAAGGGCAAAGUAACAGAACCCAGAUCUAAAUCUCCCCACCAACUGCGAAAGACACAUAUCUAGUUUUUACUACUGUAGGUAAUCAAAGCCUUUCCCCGCCGUUAGGCUUUAAUCAAGUAGGCAGAAAAAGGAAUCUGCAAAAGAUAUAUGCUGUGAAACGUCGCUCAGAGCAUCCAGAACUUGACGAGGCUCUGAAGGUCAAACCUGAAUCCCCACACCAGUAAAGUAUGAGUGGUUUAAUUGGAG